AUGAAACUCGAUACUCAUGCAAUGCGGUACCUUAGUUCCGAGGACUGGCGUGUCCUUACAGCUGUUGAAAUGGGCAGCAAGAAUCAUGAGGUCGUCCCAACACCUUUGAUAGCCCAAAUCUCGGGUUUGCGCGGUGCUAGUGGUGUAAAUAAAUCUAUCUCUGCCAUUGCUAAGGUUGGACUGAUCGCGAAGGUCAAAAACGCAAAAUAUGAUGGAUACAGAUUGACCUAUGGCGGAUUAGAUUAUUUAGCCUUACACUCGUUUUCCAAGCGGAGGACGGUUUACUCGGUCGGUAACCAGAUUGGCAUCGGAAAGGAGUCUGAUAUCUUCGUGGUUGCGAAUGACACGGGGAAGCAACACGUCUUGAAGAUACAUCGUCUUGGAAGAAUAUCUUUCAGGAAAGUAAAAGAAAACCGGGAUUAUCUUCGGAACCGAAACUCAGGAAGUUGGAUGUACAUGUCUAGAUUGGCAGCAUUGAAAGAAUAUGCCUUCAUGAAGAUUCUUCACGAAAACGGGUUUCCGGUUCCUACCCCGCUUGAUCAAGCUCGCCACUGCAUUGUUAUGGAAUUAAUAGACGCCUUUCCCCUCCGUCAACUUUCCACUGUUUCCGAGCCCUCAACGCUCUAUUCAUCGCUCAUGGAGCUAAUCCUAAGAUUUGCAUCGAUGGGACUGAUUCAUGGUGACUUCAACGAGUUUAACAUUCUUGUCUAUGAGGAUAGCUUAAAGCCUAUCGUCAUUGAUUUCCCUCAGAUGAUCAGCACAGACCAUCCCAACGCGAAAGACUACUUCGAUCGUGAUGUACAGUGCAUCAAGACCUUUUUCGAGCGAAGGUUUAGAUACACUUCUGAUGAUGAUGGUCCGCAUUGGAGCGACGUGAAGAGGGUUGGAAAGUUGGAUAUUGAGGUACAGGCCAGUGGUUUCUCAAAAAAGCAAUGGAAGGAGUUAGAGAAAUAUAUGAAAGAAGUUACGCCCCUUAACGAUGAUAAUGAGGAUAGUCAAGAAGAGAGUAGGGAGGACGAAGCGGACGAAGACGAUGAUGAUGAUGAGGCCGAAGAGGGUAAAGAGGAUAACGAAAAAGCGGAUAUUGAUUUACCCGACGAAGAAAAAGGAGAUAACACACAACUAUGGGAAGCUGUCCGAGCUUCUAAAGAAAAGGGCCUGAGAUGA